AUGGAAGAAAGUGGUGGAGCAGAGCAACGAAGGAUGAGGAUGAAGGUGAUGGUUGGUGUGGAUGAGAGUGAAGGGAGCUUCUAUGCCCUGAAGUGGGCCCUUGAUAACCUCUUCACUGCCAUGGCCACUGUGGGAGAAGCAACAGAGGAGAAUGAAGGCAUGGUGUUUCUGGUUCAUGUUGAGCCUAAAGUUCACAACUUUGUCUACCCAGUUGGACCAGGUGGACCUGCAGCAUUUUAUCCUGCAAAUGUAGUGGUGGAAUCAGUGAAGAAAGCAGAAGAAGAGAAAUCAGCAUCUGUUCUCUCAAGGGCAUUGAAAAUGUGCCAUAAUAAGCUGGUGAAAGCAGAAAGCAUGAUUCUGAAUGGAGAUCCAAGGGAGAUGAUCUGUGAAGCAGCAGACCAAAUGCAAGUCAAUCUGCUUGUGUUGGGGAGCCGUGGCCUUGGCGCCCUCAAAAGGGCACUUCUCGGAAGUGUGAGUGACUACUGUGCACAUCAUGCAAGAACACCAAUUCUUAUUGUCAAACCACCAGAGCAAAAUAAAAAGCAGUAA